GAAAUUAGUCUCCAAGUUACUAUCUAUCCACAUUGUAAUGUGUUUAAAAGUUGUUUAGCUGUCUAUGAUUCUAUGAAAUAACCAUCCAUAUAAGGAAUCUCUUACUUUUGCUUCAUUUCUCUUCUAGUUUGGCAUUUUUCUUUUGAGUAUUUUAUGAUGGUGCCAAGCUAUAUUAAACUUCUCUUGUUUCCCAUGUUGUCAUGGUUAACUCUUGUAUUUUGGGCGUUUUUUCCAAAUAGUUUUCAUAUGGUUUCUCGAAGGGAAGCCUUGGCGUAAUCGGUAAAGUUGUUGCCAUGUGACCCGGAGGUUACCGGUUCGAACUGUGGAAACAGCCUCUUGUAGAAAUGCAGAGUAAGUCUGCGAACAAUAGAUUCUUGUGGUCCUGCUCUUCCCCGGACCCCGUAGCGGAAGUUUAGUGCACCGGAUUGCCUUAGUUUUCAUAUAUUUUCUGAUCUUUCGUUCCUCAAGUCUGUUUUCUUUGCAUUCCACAGCCUACUAGUCACGACUAUUUUCUCCUAUUGCAUGGGAUUGCACUUUCUUUUUUUAGUUCUCAUUUUCUCCUAACUCAGAAAUUCCCCUGUGAAAUCCAAGGUCUUUGAUCUCUGGAAUUCUUGUUAUUAUUUCUGACAUGAGUGCUAGCUUUGUCAUGGACCGUCUCUCGGGUCAAUAACAGAACUUUGUUAAUGACUUAUUAAAAGUUUUUUGACCAAUGAUUAUCUGAAGAAGUUGCUGUUUUCUUCUUGAAGUUUUUUGAUCUUUCAGGAAUACUGAUUAAACAAUUCUCAGCAUGUGAGUUGAAAGGUGGUUAUAGUCUCAAGAUCUUGGUCAAAGCUGUGGUUUUCUUGUUGACCGAGUCAAAGGUUUUCUUAAUGGUAGCCACGUAGGUAAUUCUAGUCAAAGAAAGGCAUCUUCAGUUUUCCCCAACAAUCACCAAAAAUGAAUCCGGAAUUGCAAUCCAGAGUAACAAGAGUUGCAGAUGAAUUCGCCUCUACUGAAUUCUUUCAGUUUCCGAAAGAUCGAGCUGGCCCUCUUUUCCAGUCUGCAGAAACAAACACUAUGUUCAUCCUCACUGCUCAUCUGAAAGGUUAUACGCGAGGAAACAUAAAGAUUGAUAUUAAUGUGGAAAGGAAGAUGAUGGUGAUAACAUGUGAGAAGCCGGUCCAAGAGACUGUAAUGGUAGGGUGGACAGUGAUCAAGAAAGAUGUAGAAAUUAGAAAAUUUACCAAGGCUUUCAGGAUUCCAAAUGGGGCGAUCUUGGAUCAAAUUAUGACUAAUUUUUAUGAGGAAGAAUCUGUUCUGACUAUUACAAUGCCAAAGAGGGAGAAGGGAAUUGUUGGAAUUGGAAUUCAGGAAGUGAAGGAGCCAGAGCUUGUUAAAGAAAUGCCACAAAAACCAUUGGAGGAAAAGGCUUUGGCAGAACAAGUGAGUCAAGAAAGAGAGAUGCAAUUUCCAGGUUUUCCAUCAAAUAUCCAAAAAGUUGAUGAAGAUGUCAAAAAACAUGGUGCUAAAGAUGAAGUUCCUCGAAUGGAAACUGAAAUGCCAAAAGUAGAACAGAAGAGCCAGAAGAUCGAUAAUAUGGUUGAAGAAACAAGGGAAACUCACAGCAAUCAAAUAGGUGAUGAUAAACUUGAAUCUAAGUGCUUGAAAGAUGAUAGAGUUUGUGAAAAAGCAAAUGGAAUUCAAGAAGAAGAGAAGACUGGAGAAGAGGAUGAGGAGAAGCUGCCUCAGAGAAGGAGCAAGAUGUUUGUACCUGUAGUUGCAGGCUCAGCUGUAAUUUUAUCUCUUGUUGUCUUUGCGAUUCAUUUCAUGAGAAAUAAGAAUCGACCUGAAAAAAGAAAAGGUUAGGACUUGGGACAAAGAACAUUGUAUAAUACAAUUACCUGAUUUAAAUCAAAAGAACAUUGUAUAUACACAUUUAACUUUGAGAACCUUUUAUGGAUCCUCAUUUAAGUUA